UAUAUAUAUAUAUACAAAUCUUUAACAGAAAAAAAUAUUAUCACGUUGCAAAUAUAGAUGCUUUCCCACCACAAAGUCUAAAUUAUGAUUGGUUAUUUAUUUUGAUCAUUUUUAGGUCUUUUAUUCCUUGAUAAUAAAAAAAUCAAAAUGGCCACAAAUGAACACCUUUAGCAAGAGAAAUUAAUUUGAUACUUAAUAGUGCGAAAACUGUAUGUGGAUUCUCACAUCUGCUAAAAAGAACAAGAUAAGCUCUUGUUCCAUGACUUCCUAGGAUCCAAGACUGAAACUUUAGCAUCCAUUUCCAAGACUGAAACUUUAGCUUCCACUUCCAUGGCUGACCACUUCCAAAAAGAACAAGAUAAGCUCUUGUUCGAUUAUUUCAUCGAGCUUCGAUUCACUAUGAUUUUAAUGUGUAGAAGAAGAUCAUGUGAAUUAGUUUCUAUAGUUGGAAACUUUUCGUCCAUUAGAUCUCCUAAAUAGAAAAUUAGAACAUCUACAAGUGGAACAAGACAUGAGUGUACAUUGUUUUGUUUAUUUUAUAAAACAUGAACAUUGUUUUUUUUUUCUUUUGUGUUAGCAUGUGGGUUGAUUGAGCUCUGGUGUGUGAAGUGAAACACUCUUUAUGUCCUUCUCUGUCCAACCAUAAUGUCUCUGAUGGAUUAGUUGGGACAUUGGAAGUGAAUUUGACAAAUGAGUUUGUGAUGCUUUUUUAUAUGACUUGUUCUUCUUUAUUACCUCUCUCUAGCUACUACUACUACUGCUGCAAUUUCAUGUUGCUUAUCUAGAUUUUAUCUUUCUAUUAUUUGAAAGACAAGGCAGCAGUGGGGGGGGGGGGGGGGGGGGGAUCAUCUUGAUGGGAGACAACUGCUUGGACCAAGAAGUGAGGUUUCAGGCUCAAUCAUGAGCAAUCGAUUUUUAGGAAACAAGAGAAGUAACUCUGAUUCACAAUUCACGGCUCAAGACCACCCAGAGACUCUGCACUGGUCCAAGAUGCUAAGAAACGGACCUGGAAGCCUCUCCAUGAAUAUGAACCGUAUGGCAAACCAGCCUCCACGAGGAGGAGGUGGACAAAUCAGUCAUUUGCUUCAUCAGCUGUCUUCAAGCAGGUUCAAGGAUGAAAACGUGGUACCAUCAGUUAUCUCCCAGACAGCUGCAGAUGAAGGUUCACGGACAGGGAUGAAAGGUCCAGGUGUCAUGAGUCCUUUUACAAUGCCAAAUCCGAGCAGAUUCGAAUGUUUUACCCCUUCAAGGUGUGAUGUCUCUAGUCUUGUGAUGCUUUGUCCUCAAGUCAGUUUCAACUUACGUACUAACUAUUGUAGUCAUCAGUCACGGACUUGUAAAGCUUUGUGUCUAUAUAAACAUGUGAACUCUUGUAGUCUUGUGAACUCUUGUAGUCUUGUCUAUAUAAACUUUUAUUCACAACACAACACUCUUCUUCAUUCAUCACACAUCUUUUCUCAAGUUCCUUCUCAAGUUCUUUUUUGAAAAUAAGUUUCCCUCGACUUGUAAACAAGUUUUAUAAAAAAAAUUCAUCUCAUGGUUUCUUUUUCUCAAAACACUUUUGAGGGAUCACUUGAUAAAAAUUUUGAUCAAUAUUUUGAUCAAACCUUUGAAAAUUUUUCAAUUCAUUACCUUUGAGAAUUUUUCCAUUCAAGUUCAGAUUUUUUUAAAAAUCCCUAAUUAAGAAACUUCCAUUGGACCGCUCAAAAUGAGAGUUUCUUAAUUAGAGUUCUUAAUCCUACUUAAAUACAUUUAAAAUAUUAAAUAAUCAUUAAAAACCCACUUAAGAAUCAUGGAAUAAUCAUGCUCUAAAUAUAACACUUUUAGAAUCACUAAAAACCCCAUAUGUGCCUCUUUGUUAUUGGUUAAAACAAUAAAGGAGAAAAUCUGACCUUCUCUUUCUUUCUCUUCGUUAAUGUCUUUUUUUUGUUUGGUCUGAGAAAUUGGUUCGUCGAUGUUCGUAGAUGUUUUGAAAAAUCUCUCCAAAUCAUCACACGAGAUCAACCGUUUGUUUGUUGGAUGAGAGAUGCUGAGCUUGGAUAAACAAAGGCCUGAAUCGUCAUCAUCGGAGGAGGCGCAAGCUGUGACUCCGUGGGUUGUCUCCGGUAAUGUCGAUCACGAGAAGGUGAUCGAAAAGUUCGGCUGCGAUAGGAUAGACGAGUGGCUGAUUGCUCGUGUCGAAAGACUCACCGCCAGUGCCGGUGCUGAUUAUUAUCUUUCAUCCUCCAAGAAAAACAGAGGGUGUUUGGAUCCAGAGGAAGCUAUUUUCAGAACGGGAGGAUGUGUCUGGUUUGCUGAUGGCUUCUAAGAUAUGUGGUGAGAGGUCUGGUCUCGCUGAGGAAGGCAUAGACUAUGCGAGGAGAAGCUUAGGCAACGAGUGCGUUCAGUUAGAUGGUGCAGCGCGUCUUGUUUUAGGCAUUGCACUCACCGAAAUCUUUGAUGUACUGAGACCGAGCAUGUAGCUAGGCUCUCCGAGGGGAUGCAGGCGCUGGAGUCUGCUGAUAUAACAGACCCGAGAGUCCUGCACCGUCUUGCGUUGGAGAACGCAGAGGAGAGGAAGCUGGAUUCCGCGUUAGCUUACGCUAAGCACGCGUUGAAGCUUGGAGCAGAGUCUGAUCUUGAAGUAUGGUUGCUUCUGGCUCGGGUUUUAUCUGCUCAGAAGCGGUUUUCAGACGCCGAGACUAUUGUUGAUGCAGCGCUUAACGAAACGGGGAAGUGGGAACAAGGGAAGCUGUUGCGUUUGAAGGAAAAGUUUCGUGUGGCUAAAGGAGAAGUCAAGGAUGCUAUUGUGACUUACACACAGCUUCUCGCACUCCUUCAAGUUCAAAGCAAAAGCUUGAGUUCUGCAAAGAAGAUGCCAAAGGGAUAUUAUGUAGAGGGAUGUCUCAUCAUUUCAGGGAGAUGUGUGUUGGAGACCAUCUUGCUGAUGGAAGCUAUGAAGAGCGGGAUGAUCCUGAUGGUGGAUUGGAAGAGGCUUAUCAGGUGACUCGUAGUGAGAUUCACUUUACAAUCUGUCUGCAGGUUUCUUCCUGUUCCAUUUGUUGAUACCAUCUGAUCAAACUUCUCAUCACGACUGUUUGUUCAUUCACAUCUUUGAUCAAACUUCAUGUCAUGUAUGCUUUUUUCAUCUUAUAAAUAAAACCUCAUUGAGGUUCUUCAAAUUUU